UAUUCCUGCUAGCUACUUGCUUCUGCUGAUUGCUUUCUUUUGCUUAUCAAAAUAAUCCCACUUGGUUCAAUAUUUUUCUGAAUCAAAAUUAAGAAUAUGCAAGACAGUCUUCCUCCAGGGUUCAGAUUCCAUCCUACAGAUGAAGAGCUGAUCACGUACUAUCUGUGCUGCAAGGUUUCUGAUGUUAGCUUCACAUCGAAAGCUGUAGCAGUUGUUGAUCUCAACAAGUGUGAACCUUGGGACCUCCCAGGCAAGGCUUCGAUGGGAGAGAAAGAGUGGUACUUUUUCAACUUGAGAGACCGAAAAUAUCCAACUGGACUUCGAACCAACCGAGCCACAGAAGCUGGGUAUUGGAAAACAACUGGGAAAGACAAGGAAAUCCAUCGAGCAGGUGUGCUGGUUGGGAUGAAGAAAACCCUAGUUUUCUACAAGGGUAGAGCUCCCAGGGGUGAGAAAAGCAACUGGGUCAUGCACGAAUACAGACUAGAAAACAAACAUCCUUUCAAAUCCUCAAAGGAAGAAUGGGUGGUUUGUAGGGUGUUUCAAAAGAGCACAUCACUGAAAAAGCCACAGCAAACAACAACAUCCUCACAGCAGCAGCAGCAGACAUCUAUUGAGUCCCCAUGCGAUGAAACAAACUCAAUCGUGAACGAAUUUGGAGACAUCGAGUUGCCAAACCUAAAUAGCAACAACAUUGCAAAUUCAUCUAGUGGGUUGAUCAGCACCAUGUCCUCAACACAGAGCUGUUACAAUAAUAAUAUUAAUGAUCAUAGUAGUGACGUGAACAUGAGUUUGAACAUGAACUGGGGCGCAGCAAGAGAGGCAGCUGCAAGCGCUCUUCCGACGCUAACGUGGCCUUGGCCAUCGAACUUGCUAACUCCGUCGAACCUUUCGGUGAAUUCAUUGCUUCUUAGGGCAUUGCAACUUAGGAGUAGUAAUACAGGUGCAGCUACCCUAGAUCCCUCUUACUCAUAUAAUAAUAAUAAUAUUAAUAUUAAUAUGGAGCAAGGCAUGCCGCGGCCAAUGUCUCAAUUUGGGUCCGGCACUAGUGCAGAUAUGAAUUCAAAUUUCCAAGCUUCUUCAUCGACGAGAGAUAUGAUGGAAGCCGUGCCGCCACAGCAGCAUCCGGAGCAACCAUUCAACUUGGACUCCAUUUGGUGAAGUUUUAGUUGGCCUGAGAUCGAAUGAAUAACCUAAAUAUAUAACAUCUUGUAAACGAAAUGCAACUAUAUAUAUAUAUGACUCACUCAGUACACGGAUCGACUACUUAUGAUCUAUUCAUGUAGAUCGAUCGAUGUCGAAAAAUAAGGUUAACUGCCUAGUUUAUGGUUUUAAUUAUGUUCCGGAGUAGUUAAGUUGGCCCAGCCCAAUGCAUGUCAGCUGGUGGGGAAAACUCCCCAAGUCAUCUCUGUUGUUGUUCUGUUAAACUUGUAGCUCUUAUAUAUUAUGUAUGCACUACAUAUAAUAUGUAUCUCAACACAUGAAAAUCCUUGUUAA